ACACACAGUAUGAACGUGUUAAUGUGCAUAUAAUUUCGCCUUCUUCAGUUUUUUCUUUGUGGAAUUGUGAGAUAAUUGUGUAGAAUCGACAAUGGAUGUAGAGUACGAUGUCAUAGUUCUAGGCACCGGCCUCAAAGAAUGCAUUCUCAGCGGUCUACUUUCUGUCGAUGGCCUCAAGGUACUGCAUAUGGAUAGAAAUGAUUAUUAUGGAGGAGAAUCAAGCUCCCUCAUGCUGAAUCAGCUUUGGAAGCGUUUCAAAGGAGAUGAAAAUCCUCCAGAAACUUUGGGCAGUAGUAAGGAAUAUAAUGUUGAUAUGAUUCCAAAGUUCAUGAUGGCAAAUGGCAUUUUGGUCCGUGCUUUGAUCCACACCAAUGUUACAAAGUAUCUAAAUUUCAAGGCUGUAGAUGGCAGCUUUGUAUACAAUAAAGGGAAGAUCUACAAAGUUCCUGCAACUGAUGUUGAAGCUCUAAAAUCUACACUUAUGGGUCUGUUUGAAAAGAGGCGAGCACGAAAGUUCUUCAUAUAUGUCCAAGAUUUUGACGAAAACGACCCUAAAUCUCAUGAAGGAUUGGAUUUGAACACAAUUCCUGCGAAAGAGCUCAUUGGGAAAUAUGGUCUUGAAGAUGAUACAAUUGAAUUUAUUGGUCAUGCAUUGGCACUCUAUACCAGUGAUAGUUAUCUGGAACAACCAGCAAUUGAUUUUGUCAAGAAAAUCAGGCUCUAUGCAGAAUCUUUAGCACGCUUUGAGUCAGGAUCUCCUUACAUCUAUCCAAUGUAUGGGCUUGGAGAGUUGCCACAGGCAUUUGCUCGAUUGAGUGCAGUUUAUGGAGGGACUUACAUGCUUAACAAGCCAGAAUGUAAGGUGGAAUUCGAUGAUAGUGGGAAGGCUAUUGGUGUGACAUCUGAUGGAGAAACUGCUAAAUGCAAAAAAGUUGUAUGUGAUCCAUCAUACGUACCCGAUAAGGUGAAAAAAGUUGGGAAAGUUGCUAGAGCCAUAUGUAUAAUGAGUCAUCCUAUUCCAGACACAAAUGAUUCUCAUUCAGCCCAAGUCAUCCUUCCACAGAAACAACUUAAUCGAAAAUCCGACAUGUAUCUAUUUUGUUGUUCUUAUUCGCACAAUGUGGCUCCACAAGGCAAGUUUAUUUCUUUUGUGACAACAGAAGCUGAGACUGAUGAUCCUCAGAGUGAAUUAAAGCCUGGGGUAGACCUUCUUGGACCUGUGGAUGAGAUCUUCUAUGAAACUUAUGACAGAUAUGAGCCAACAAAUGAUGCUGAAGCUGACAGCUGCUUUGUAUCAACUAGUUAUGAUGCAACGACACACUUUGAGACAACAAUGAAAGAUGUUCUUGCAACAUACACCAAGAUAACUGGAAAGGAACUUGACCUUACGGUUGACCUGAGUGCUGCUAGUGCUGGUGGUAGUGAAGAAUAAGUUCUUUACAUCGAGAGCUUGCUUUUGGAGCUACACUGUGGUUGAAUUGUUUUUCUUUUUGUCAUAGGAGUUGAUGAUCUACACAUGAUGGUAUUGUCUAAUAUAGAAAAUAAGGGUUCUAUAUGUUUUGUAAUAGAUUUUCUUCCAAAUGCUUUUUGUAGGGAAAGGAAGUAAUAAUGGCUUAAUUGUUGUUUCCAUGUUGGAAAACAAAAUUCUCAAAGUAUGCGAGUUUUAGAAAGUAUAGA